AUGCUUAGUGCGGUGUCUGCGGCGGAAGUCCCGUGCAGGUGUGCCGCAUAUGAGCGUCUCCGCUACUGCUCGAGUCGCGUCUGUUUCUCCGCUCCCAGAUUCCCCCAGAGGGAGCUGAGCCAAGCCAAGUCGAGCCGAGCCGAGCCGAGCCGAGCCCAGGGACCCCCGGACCGGGCAUGGUGCUGGUGUGAGGGCGGAGUCAUGGCCGAAGUGGGAGGAGCCAUUACAUUGUUCGUCCUCUGUUCCCUGCUGCUGCCUGUUGCCAUUGGGACCAGGGAGGAGCAGAGACAGUGUGCUUUCUCAGAGCACCUGCAGGGGGCGACGCGGGGCAACAGCACCGUGCUCUGCAGCAGGGGCCGUGCCUGCUUUGGGCUGUGGGAGCAGCAGGUGGGGGGAGAGCUGGUGCUGCUCAAGCAGGAGGAGGAGGAGGAGGAGGAGGAGGAGGAGGAGGAGCAGUGA